AUGGGCACAUGCAGCAACCCCAACGCCGCCAUCAAUGUUCCCCAGCGCGAGCCACUACACGAAUAUAGACAAUCUUUUUGGAGGAAUAAUGAUAUAGAAGAUCCUGAGCUGGAUAAAGACCCCUAUCCUUGGAUUAUGUGGUUUACUUGGAAAGCGAGAAAUGAUAAACUAUUCAGAGGAAUAAACAUGGACUCUUUGGAAACUGUCCGACAUGCUGAGUCAGAAUGCCAUGCUUGGUUCCAAGCAAACAACAAACAAGAGGAACAUGUAGUUGCACAAAACCUUGAGCAGUUAACAAAUUCUGAGAGAUGCAUGAUAGAUGGAUCAUGGACACAUGAUGCACUCUACAGUGGUUAUGGAUGGAUAUGGAAGACCUCAGGAGGAACAACUCAGCUAUUGGGAGCACGAAACCAGCGACGAAGAAUCUCACCACUUCUCUCGGAGCUCGAGGCCCUCUCGUGGGCGAUGGAGUGCAUGCUUCAGCUAUCGACGUGUCAAGCUUUUGGCACGGAUUGUAAGGAUCUAAUUUCGAUGAUUCAAGACCCUGGAGCAUGGUCCAACUUCUCACCUGAAUUGGACGAGCUGUAG